CCUGUGCACUGCUGUAAUACGCUUAAAGGAAUGAAUCAACCUCAUUCUAUUUGCCCUCGACUAAAGACUCUGCAAUCCCUAGAAGUGGGAAGUCCUGAAAAUCUUCGAGCCUGUUGGCUCUUCCCGAGCAAACACUUCCGCCACACUUGUUUUCAACUCCGCUAGCCACCUCCGCAAGAACCCAUUAAAUACUUUCGCAGCAACGAUGCCAACCAUUUAUCGCUUAAGGGCUUGAAUAAUCACAUGAAGGAGGAACAAUGCUCUACAACGCUCUCAUUCGAACCCAUCACAUCACCUCCCGCAAAAAGGUGUCCGCGUUGAAACGUGCAGCCGAUAUCCACAAUUGCUUCGUGCUUCUCCGCUCCGGAGGAUGUCCUGGGAUAAUGUACGUUGAGGCGAAAGACAAAGACGCUGUCGAAUCGUGGGUGACUGUGGUGCGAAAACUGCGGUACAAAGACUUUCAACUAGCCACCCGGCCUGGACCCUUGCACGAUGAAAAUCAGCCGGAAGUCCGAGAUCAGAAACAAAUACCCCUAUCGAGGAAACAGGAUACAAGGGCUGGAGUCUCCGAGGUCGAAUCUGUGAAAGAAUUUGGAAGUCUGAUGGAACAACGUGGGGUGUGGAAAUGGUGGAGAAAGGGAAUGGGCUACAUGAGCUGAUGUUUCACCGGCUACGUAUAUGGAGGUCAUUCUCUCUGGUUCAAGUCAAUGAAUGACUUUGCUCCACCUCGAGUGUCACCAAAGCCAUCGGGCACAGCUCAGAUUGUUUGACACAACCUAUGCCAGAUCUGGUGGAAUCUGCGAUCAAUCAGCACGAUUGGCAAGGACACUUGUAUC